UUUGAUGGCGUGAUGUCUCACAGAAAGUUCUCCACUCCCAGACAUGGGUCCCUCGGCUUCCUGCCUUGGAAGCGCAGCAGCAGGCAUCGUGGGAAGGUGAAGAGCUUCCCUAAGGAUGACCCGUCCAAGCCGGUCCACAUCACAGCCUUCCUGGGAUACAAGGCUGGCAUGACCCACAUCGUGCGGGAAGUCGACAGGCCAGGAUCCAAGGUGAACAAGAAGGAGGUGGUGGAGGCUGUGACCAUUGUGGAGAGGCCACCAGUGGGCAUUGUGGGCUGCGUAGAAACCCCUCAAGGCUUCCGGACUUGCAAGACUGUCUUCGCUGAGCACAUCAGUGAUGAAUGCAAGAGGCGUUUCUGUAAGAACUGGCAUAAAUCUAAGAAGAAGGCCUUUACCAAGUACUGCAAGAAAUGGCAGGAUGAGGAUGGCAAGAAGCAGCUGGAGAAGGACUUCAGCAGCAUGAAGAAGUACUGCCAAGUCAUCUGCAUCAUUGCCCACACCCAGACGCACCUGCUUCCUCUGUGCCAGAAGAAGGCCCACCUGAUGGAGAUCCAGGUGAAUGGAGGCACUGUGGCUGAGAAGCUGGACUGGGCUGGCGAGAGGCUCAAGCAGCAGGUACCUGUGAACCAAGUGUUUGGGCAGGAUGAGAUGAUCGACGUCAUCAGGGUGACCAAGGGCAAAGGCUACAAAAGGGUCACCAGUCGUUGGCACACCAAGAAGCUGCCCCGCAAGACCCACCAAGGCAUGUGCAAGGUGGCCUGUAUUGGGGCAUGGCAUCCUGCUCGUGUGGGCUUCUCUGUGGUACGUGGUGGGCAGAAAGGCUACCAUCACCGCACUGAGAUCAACAAGAAGAUCUAUAGGAUUGGCUAGGGCUACCUUAUCAAGGAUGGCAAGCUGAUCAAGAACAAUGCCUCCACUGACUAUGACCUGUCUGACAAGAGCAUCAACUCUUUGGGUGGCUUCGUCCACUAUGGUGAAGUGACCAAUGACUUUGUCAUGCUGAAAGGCUGUGUGGUGGGAACCAAGAAGUGGGUGCUCACCCUCCGCAAGUCCUUGCUGGUGCAGACAAAGCAGCAGGCUCUGGAGAAGAUUGACCUUAAGUUCAUUGACACCGCCUCCAAGUUUGGCCAUGGCCACUUCCAGACCAUGGAGGAGAAGAAAGCAUUCAUGGGACCACUCAAGAAAGACCGAAUUGCAAAGGAAGAAGGAGCUUAAUGCUGGGAACAGAUAUUGCAACUGGUGGGGUCUCAAUAAAAGUUAUUUUCCAUUAAAAAAA